AUGGUGGAGAGAGGAGAGGAGGAGAGGAUGUGUCACUGCACCGAGAAGAGAACAUUGCGGAUCCGUGCGCCACUUCACUCCUCCGGCAUUCUCCCACACGCCGCCUGCACCCACCCUCAGACCGCUCACCCGCGCCAGAGCCAGCAACAAAGAGAGAGGUGGGAACGGGAGAGCAUCGGGGUGAAGGGCACAGCGAGAAAAAGGAAGAAUGUGGUGGAACAGCAGCAGACGGACGGCAGCUCUGAUGGAUCGCGAAACGUGAAGGCGUGGUGUCAAUGA